UCUAGUUGGUUGAAUGUUGUAUAAAAUUUGAGACAUUCAAUUAUAUUGGUAUGUUAUUUAGAGAUAUGUUAAUAAGAAUCGCUCCAAAGACCUUCCUUUGCCGCUAUCCACUAAGUACAGGCGCUAUAUACAGUGCCACAGUUCUUAUAUGCGUCUCCGUAGUAUGUAUCUUGGCGCUUAUCACCCAAGUGAUAUUGAUGAAUAAUGACAAUUGCUCGUCACGGUUUGUAUGGAGGAAUGCGUACAGCUUCAGUAUCACUGGCGUCAUUUACACCGUAGUGAUGCUCGUCAUGCAUAUUUGGCUGAUUUGGGGAGUAAAGGAGAAAAAGGCAUCUGUAAUAUUAUCCUGGUUCGUCAUAACAGCUAUGUGGCUCUCACAAACAUUCUUUCUGCUUAUAAUAUUAAUAUGUAUUUAUAGUACAGAUGUUAAUUUUGUCGCUUGGGUUCUUUCAUUUAUAUUGGGUUUAAUAGCAAUAGGUAUAUUGACAUACUUCGUGUUGGUGGUUUAUGGUUUCUGGCUGGAACUGAAAACCGAGGAAAGGAAUAGGAAUUUGGCAGCUCAAAACAAUGAUCUCUAAUCGUAACCAUUGCAAAAAAAUAUUUCAUUAAUAUAAAAUAUAUACAAAGAGA